AUGACGCCCUCUCAGAAAGCCCGAUAUGGAUGCGAACCGGCGCGAAAAUGGAGAGCAGCAGUGCCACCUCCUCCACCCUUGUUGAAGCGUGCGGCUGGGGUAACCCAGCCAUGGCCUGUUCACCCCCAGCCAGCAGGAGGACAUGGCCACAGGUCCCACUACCAUCCUCCUAUUCCACCUGCUCCUCUUCCUCCUCCUCAGCUCCCUCUCUUUCACACCCGUCAUGCAGAAGAGAGUGCUGAACGGCCACGUCUGGUCACCAUCGUCCGCCCCUGUGGUCAAAGUACAAUGCGGAAGGUAACAGUGCUGCUGAACCGUCGUGGUGUGGUGUCCUUUGAGCAGCUGCUACUGGAUAUCUCAGAGGCAUUGGGGUUUCCUCGCUGGCACAGAGCCAGAGUCACGCGCCUGUACACAACCCAUGCACGAGAGGUGAAGGGCAUUUGUGACUUUUUCCGAGGUGAAGUGGCCUUCCUGGCGUUAGGGAAGGCUCGUCCGGAGCUGAGCAGUGUGCAGGAGGCGCUGGAGGAGCUUUUCCCAGAUCAUUCCCAUUACCAAGCCGAGGCCUUAAGGGCUUGGGAAAAGAGGCUCCGGCCCCCACCAGAUAAAGCAUCUAAGGCUGACAGUGGAUACAGUGAGGGAACAGAUGGCAGCGGGACACACAAUAACCAAGAGGCCCAGCAAAACAUAAAAACACAAACUAAGAAUCAUACAAAUACCCAUACACAACAUCCUGCUGAUACACACCACCCUGAAAAUCUAUAUCCCCAAAAAUCUCAUAAAAAGAAUUCUCACAGAAAACCAGCCUAUCCUCCCAACCACCUGCAGAGGCUGCAUGUGAAGGGUGGGGUCAUAGAGCGACCGCUGUCUGUCAUUGGUCCGUUUAAACAUCAGGAGGAUCUUAGGGACACUGUUAUUCCUUCUCCAACACUGUGUGAGAACUGUUUAGCAAGGAGAGCGAAAUAUCAGGGCCUAGAACGGAUGAAUCCUCUAACAGGGAGGGUUCCACUCCCUCCUGUGGCGAGGAAGCAAAUAGAAAAUUCUCUGACGGAACAAAAGGCAAGACAAUUGGAUGUUCAUCUCAGUCCUCCACCUCUGAACCCAGUGAAGAGAGAAGAAUAUAAGAGUCCUAGAGAUGUCACUCUGUCAGACAUUGAACGUUGCUAUGAAUUUGGACGUGUGGUUGGAGAUGGGAACUUUGCAGUAGUGAGGGAGUGCCGCCGCCGUGACAAUGGGGAGACCCUUGCCAUGAAAAUCAUUGAACGCUCCAAACUGAUUGGUCGCGAGCACAUGAUGCAGAAUGAGUUGAGCCUUUUGGGUAGUCUGUGCCACGCCCGCAUUGUGCGUCUGUACGCACACCACCACACGCAAACCCACUCAUACCUGGUGAUGGAGUUUGUGAGUGGGGGGGAUCUAUUCGAGGCCAUCACCGACAAGGGCAAGUUUUCAGAAGCAGAAGCAGGAAUGAUGGUGUCAGAUGUGAGUGAAGCGCUCAGUUACAUCCACUGCAAAAGCAUUGUGCACCGAGACCUCAAACCAGAAAACCUACUGAUAGAGCGUGUGGCUGCUGGCAUCUGCAGGCUGAAGCUGGGAGACUUUGGUCUAGCUAUGGUUGUGACAGAACCAGUCUUCACCAUAUGUGGCACACCCACAUAUGUAGCCCCAGAGAUCCUCUCUGAGACAGGUUAUGGGGUUCCAGUGGACGUUUGGGCUCUGGGGGUUAUUCUCUAUAUCCUACUGUGUGGCUUCCCUCCAUUUCGCAGUCGGGAUCGGGACCAGGAAGAGCUUUUCCAGCUAAUAAAACAGGCACAACUCCACUUCCUGUCCCCCUACUGGGACCCCAUCUCAGAGGAAGCCCGGCAGCUUGUCAGAGCUCUACUUCAGCCAGAUCCCACUAUACGGAUGACUGCAGAACAGGCCCUGCUGCAUCCAUGGGUGAAGGCUAUGGCUUCAAUCUGCAGGCAGAGGGCAGUCACAGACAAAGCUCAGAGGAACACAACAGCUGCUGGAACAGAAUCAGAGAGAGUCCAGAAACCUGUCCAGACAAAUGCCGCUGAAACACCGACAGACAAAAGAGCAGGACUCAAGGGCAGUGAGGCUGCACUCUCAAACAAUGCAGAGCUCAGAGGCCAUGAUGAGAAACAAACAGAGAUAAAGCAAGUGGACCAACCAUCAGAGACACAGCCAACAGGCAAAAGCACAGUCCACUCCACUGAGGACACACCUGGUCAGCAGACACCUGAGAGUAACCCUAUGGACUGUGGUUCACCCAGCAGGGAAGUGGUUCAGGAUGAAGGUCCAAAACUGUCAAACUGUGACACAGUCAGCCCAACCAGUCCAGGUGGUGAAUCCCAUCAACAGAGUGGCACCACAUCCCAAACUGAACUCCCAUCACAGCAAUUAGAUCAAAUACACAAAGCAUCUGCAGAUUCAACACCCCACACCCACAUACAGCCACAACCCACAACACAACAACCACCCUCUGAUCCAGCAGCACCAUCUUCAUCAACUCACUCUCUUCAUCAGCAGAACUCGACCCUUAACAAUUCUAACACUGUCACUGACCAGAAAACAGCAUCCACACUCUUUAACGCAGACCGAAAAGAGGACAAUUCAACCACAGAUGCAACGGCCAGCCAUUCUCCUGCAUAG